GUCGGAGCCGGAGCCAUGGCUUGUCAGGCGGAGUGUGAGAGCAGGCGGAGGAGCCGGGAGUAUCUGGACGGGCUGCAGCUGAUGAAGCAGGGCGCGGAGGCCCGGGUGUACCGGGGGAAGUUCCUGGGGAAGGCGGCGGUGGUGAAGGAGAGGUUCCCCAAAACCUACAGACACCCCGGGCUGGACGAGAAGCUCACACACCGGAGGACGGCUCAGGAGGGGCGCGCUAUACUCAGGUGUAGGAAGGCAGGGAUCCCCGCUCCAGCGCUCUAUUUUGUGGACUACGUCUCUAACUGCAUCUACAUGGAGGACAUUGAAGGCUCGGCGAUGGUGCGGGACUACGUAACGACCGUCCAGGAGAAGGGCGGAAAUCUCUGCCACCUGGCGGAGAAGAUCGGUCGGGUUCUGGCCCGUAUGCACGAUGAGGACGUCGUCCACGGGGACCUGACCACCUCCAACAUGCUUCUGCGGCCCCCCCACCAGGACCUGGACCUGGUCCUCAUUGACUUUGGCCUGAGCUUUAUCUCGGCCCUCCCGGAGGACAAGGGGGUGGACCUGUACGUCCUGGAGAAGGCCUUCCUGAGUACUCACCCCAACACGGAGGACGUCUUCAGCGCUCUGCUAAACAGUUACUCCGCCUCCUCCAAAAAAUCCGCUGCGGUCAUUAAAAAACUGGACGAGGUCAGACUGAGGGGCAGAAAGCGGUCCAUGGUGGGGUGA